UCUAUUCGGGAGACAGUCGCUGGCCAAACGCGACGCAACUGCGAGUGCAGCGGACAGUCGAUCGGUCCAACUAUAUAAAAAUAAACCGAAAGCAAGAAGAAGCCAUCUGAGCAGGCUGUGCCAAAAAAAAAAUUCAAAAUUAGAGUACAUAUAGUUCAGUGCGGUCGUUUGGGUUGUAAAUAAUUCAAAAGUUCGUACAAUAAUAAUAACAAUAUAUCACAAACAUGAGUGCAAUGAGUGUGGGGCGCAAAGGCAGCGGGCAGUUGGAGGUUAUGCAAAAGGCUGGCUGGAAGAUCGAUGGAGAUGAGAAGGCCUGCUACAUCGAUGUUGAUGAGGAUGAGGAACAGGACACUGAAAACAUGAUAGAAUCGAAUUGGCGUUAUCUACCUGAUUUGGUUCUUGAACAAAUCUUUACCUACCUCAGCCCCAAAGAGCGCUACUAUGCCGGACUGGUUUGCCGACAGUGGUACAGAGCCUUCUAUUUGCCAACGGUUUGGAAUAACUUUUUGGUUGACGAUCGCACCCUCACCAAACCAAAGUAUAACUACUACUCCGGCUGGCAAUUUUGCCUGGAUCACAUGCGAACACAGUUUUGUCUCUCAAAGAUUGGAAAGUAUUUGCGAGGGAUCGAGUUUCGUCCAUGGCACAGUUUCAAUAAUAUUUUCCAAUUCAUGACUAUGUUGACUUGGAAUAUUGAUAAGGGUAGAGAGGAGAAUCCUGGUACAGAGUUCAUUGGCAUUGGUCGCCGAAUCAGAACACUUGUCUAUCACUUUCCCUGUAAUAUGUCUCAGCCCAAUGACCCGGAGGGAAUCAAGUUGUUCGGAACUGGAGGUCAAUUGCUAAGGGUUUUGAAGGAGUUGCUCCUGCGAUUGACAGACCUUCACACCCUCAAGUUAGUGGACUUUGUUCUAGAGCGUUACGAGGCAAAUCAUUUGCUGGACGAGGUGGUCUGCAGCUGUUGCACGAAGAUGAGGGUCCUCAAUCUGGUGAAUGUCACCACAGUGCACUGCCCCAUCAUGCAUGUGGGUCUCUUUCUCAAUCUGCAGGUGCUCACCAUAUCGCCCCAGAACAUAGAUGACGAUGUUUUGUCCCUUCUGGCGGACACCAAAUUGCGCCACUUGCACUUGCUACAAAACUGCUACACACCAAACCACCUGACAAUAAGUGCCUGCGGCGUUAAGGCCUGGCGGAAUGUGAAGAAGACCAAUCCCCGACUGCGUGUCCACCUGCGAAUGGAGAACCUGACGGACGGCGAGGUGGUGAUGCAGCCGGAGGCACCUGUCCACAGCAUCACGUACUGUGCACCGCAGACCCGUAUUCGGGCCGAGCUCCUGGUCCGCAUGGUGGACCACUACCGGAACACCCUGGCUGUCUAUGGCCACGAGCUACUGCCGCGCUUUUCCAGCCCCAAGCCUUUUCACAGCCGCAUCGACAGCUUGAUGUUGCUUAUGUGCCGGCAAUGCCACAAUGUGGACACUCUGAUCAUCCGCGAGAAAGUCUCCACCUCGACGCUUUUGCUGAUUGCACGAACUGCCAAGAAUCUGCAGCAUCUGCAUGUACGAAGAUUUGCAGUGAUUCUGCGAUGCGACUGGCCAAGACAUCCGGAAUGGAGCGAUGAGUUUAACUCCUGGCUAAAGAAAAACUCCCGAUCCUACGAGGCUGUCGAGCGAGAGAUCUCCUUGAUCUUGGGCUACAAAUGGCGGCUGCUCAACGAUCAGGACUUCAAACAGCUGACUGUGAAUGUCAAAUCAGGAACCUAGACUUCAGAGAUUUGACUAAUUCUGUAUCCCCCUUUAAGACUUGUGAUAAACGGUGUAGAGCUUUAAUAAAUAACCCAAAUAUGUAAAA